AUGAACCUGAAAGAAAACAGCCAGCCAAAGUUCUGCAAAGCAAGACAAGUACCAUAUGCUCUGCGACCAAAAGUUGAGGUUGAGUUGACCAAGUUGCAGAAUGAUGGCAUCUUGACCAAAGUUGAUUGGAGUGAACGGGCAACCCCAGUUGUUCCAGUGAUAAAGAAGAAUGGCAAUGUUCGAUUGUGUGGUGAUUUCAAGCAAACCAUCAAUCCAGUCUUGCACGUUCAACAAUACCCUCUCCCACGGAUUGAUGCUAUUUUCGCCUCCCUCGGCGGUGGGCAAAAGUUCAGCAAGAUUGAUUUGUGA